ACUGUGUUUCCGCACGGAUCUUUAUCCACGUAGUACCGCUCAAGCACAUGUGUAAACAAGACAUUCUAGAAUAGGUAACGUUAACAUAGCCGGUGUGCUGGUGGCAGUGAUCCAAUGUCACAGUUUAUUUAAGAUUUCUAAACAACAAAAUAACGCUUCAGACAUUUAUAUUUGAUCCAAAAUGGCGUCAUCGGAGGCGCAACAUGACAGCGACGAUGGCAUGGACGAGUUUAUCGAAAAAUUCAAGACCCAUGAAUAUAAAAAUGCCUUCAGUGAAGACAACUGGGAAGAGGAGUUUGACAGAAUACCUAUGUUCAUGAAAAAAGCCCCUGAAGAGAUCGACCCACAGAAAUACCCAGAACUAGCUUGUCUGCAGGCCAUGAUACACGAUGAGGAUAGACCCCCAGAAGAGCAAGCGAAGAGCCUGAAAGAUGAGGGGAAUGCGUUUUUCAAGGAGAAGAACUAUGAGAAGGCCAUACUGUCCUACACAGCAGGUUUGAAGAUGAAAUGUGGAGACCAAGAGCUCAACAUGGUCCUCCUCACCAACCGGGCUGCAGCACACUUUCACCUGGGUAACAUGCGCUCUGCGUUGAACGAUGCUGGAGCUGCAAAGAAGAUUAAACCAGACCACCUUAAAGCCUUGAUCAGAGGUGCUCAGAGUUGUAUAGAGCUGCGUACCUUUGCAGAGGCCAUCCAGUGGUGUGACGAGGGGCUCAAAGCUUAUCCAACUGAAAAGAAGCUGCUGGAGCUGAGAGCAGCCGCAGAUAAACACAAGAGAACAGCAGAGAGAGAUGCCAGGAAGGCCAAGAUCAAAGAAAAAAAGCUGCAUGGUGAGAAAGAAGCUCUUCUGGCUGCUAUAAAGGAUCGAGGCAUCAAGCUCCUCCAGUCUGCGAAGCCUCGUCAGAGCGGUUCAGGCAGCGAGGAUGAGGAUGAAGGCUCCUCAGCAGCGAUAUCGCAGCUGAACCUGGAUGGGCUCAGCUCUCAGGAGGCCACGGGGGCUCAGGUCUUCGUGGAUGAGCAGAGCUGUCUGCACUGGCCUGUUCUCUUCCUCUAUCCUGAACACCGGCAGACUGAUUUCAUCUCUGAUUUCUCCGAGAACAACUGUUUUAUAGAUCACCUGGCGGUUAUGUUUGGAGAAGAACUUCCACCUUGGGAUGCAGACAGAAAAUACCAGCCCCAAAAUUUGGAGCUGUACUUUGAAGAUGAGGAGAAGGAGACACUCUACCAAGUAAACCCAGAGACUUCCCUUCUAAAAGUGUUGCAGCAUAAAAGGUAUUUUGUCAAGGCAGGCACUCCAAGCUUCAUCGUUCUGGUUAGGAGCUCGUCAUUCUGGAAGCAGUUUUUAACAGGAAAGAAAAUACGAGGAUUGUAAAAACAAUCCUUCAAAUCUUUGGACUUAAAUGCACUUAAUCUGCUCUUCAAAUCCAGUGGACUGAGUUUGUCCUUGAAACGGACAAAUUGGAAUAUAUGCAUGUCUCUUGUGGUCAAGAGCAGGAAACAUUGUUUGACACCAAAUAUCAAUAAUAAAUUCAUAUAAAACAAAUUAAAUCUC